AGGAGACUGAGUAUUCUACCUUGUAAAUAUUGUUAUUUGUAUAUACUGUAAAUGAUGAUGUCGGUGGGCACUAACCGAGCCCGGGGAAGCUGGGAACCACCUAAAAACCAAAAUCAGACACAGCACAAGCAGCGGCCCCAGGCCACUGCGGAACAAAUUCGACUUGCACAGAUGAUUUCGGACCGUAAUGAUGCUGACUUUGAGGAAAAGGUGACGAUUGAUAUGACAGGCAAGAACCAGGAUGAAUGUGUCAUUGCUUUGCAUGACUACAACGGAGAUGUCAACAGAGCCAUCAAUGUACUGCUGGAAGGAAACCCAGAUACGCAAUCCUGGGAGAUGGUUGGGAAGAAGAAAGGAGUCUCAGGACAGAAGGAUGGUGGCCCAAUGGAAUCCAAUGAGGAAGGCAAAGAAAACUGAGACCGGGACAGAGACUAUAGUCGGCGACGUGGUGGGCCACCAAGACGGGGGAGAGAUGCCAGCCGCGGACGAGAGUUUCGAGGUCAGGAAAAUGGAUUAGAUGGCACCAAGAGUGGAGGGCCUUCUGGAAGAGGCACAGAAAGAGGCAGAAGAGGUCGUGGCCGAGGCAGAGGUGGCUCUGGUAGGCGGGGAGGAAGGUUUUCUGCUCAAGGAAUGGGAACCUUUAACCCAGCUGAUUAUGCAGGGCCGGCCAAUACUGAUGAUAACUAUGGCAAUAAUAGGGGCAAUACAUGGAACAACACUGGGCACUUUGAACCAGAUGAUGGGACGAGUGCAUGGAGGACUGCAACAGAGCAGUGGGGAACUGAAGAUUGGAAUGAAGACCUUUCUGAGACCAGGAUCUUCACUGCCUCUAAUGUGUUGUCAGUGCCUCUGCCUGCAGAGAAUGUGACAAUCACUGCUGGUCAGAGAACUGACCUUGCUGUUCUGUUGGGGAAGACACCAUCUUCAAUGGAGAAUGAUUCAUCUAAUCUGGAUCCAUCUCAGGCUCCUUCUCUUACCCAGCCUCUGGUGUUCAGUAACUCGAAGCAGAGUGCCAUAUCACAGCCUGCUUCAGGGAACACGUUUUCUCAUCACAGUAUGGUGAGCAUGUUAGGGAAACGAUUUGGUGAUGUCGGUGAAGCUAAAGGCAGCAGCAGCACAGGCUCCCGGUUCUUGGAGCAAUUCAAGACUGCUCAGGCCCUGGCUCAGUUGGCAGCUCAGCAUUCUCAACCUGGAACCACCACCACCUCCUCUUGGGGCAUGGGCUCCACCACACAAUCCCCAUCGCUGGUGCAGUAUGAUUUGAAGAACCCAAAUUAUUCAACAGUGCACAGCCCCUUUACAAAGCACCGGGCUUUCACCCCAUCUUCAACCGUGAUGGAGGUGUUCCUUCAAGAGAAGCCACCCGCAGUGGCUACCUCUACUGCUGCACCUCCACCCCCAUCUUCUCCUCUGCCAAGCAAAUCCACCUCAGCUCCACAAAUGUCUCCUGGGUCUUCAGACAACCAAUCAUCCAGCCCUCAGCCGGCUCAGCAAAAACUGAAACACCAGAAGAAAAAAGCCUCCUUGACUUCUAAGAUUCCUGCUCUGGCUGUGGAGAUGCCUGGCUCGGCAGGUAUCUCAGGGCUAAACCUGCAGUUUGGGGUGUUGCAGUUUGGGUCAGAGCCUGUCCUUUCUGAUUAUAAGUCCACCCCCACCAUGAGCGCCUCUUCAAGCCAGGCUCCAAGUAGCCUCUAUACCAGUAUGGCCAGUGAAUCUUUGUCCACAAUUUCAUCUAACCAGAGUCAGGAGUCCGGUUAUCAGAGUGGCCCAAUUCAGUCGACAACCUAUAUCUCCCAAAAUAAUGCUCAGGGCCCUCUAUAUGAACAGAGAUACACACAGACUCGGCGGUACCCCAGCUCCAUCUCUUCAUCACCCCAAAAGGACUUGACUCAGGCAAAGAAUGGCUUCAGUUCUGUGCAGGCCACGCAGUUACAGACCACACAAUCUGUUGCGGGUGCUAUAGGCUCUGCAGUGAAAUCUGACUCACCUUCCACUUCUAGCAUCCCCCCUCUCAGUGAAACGGUAUCUGCAGCUUCCUUACUGAUGACAACCAAUCAGCACUCAUCUUCCUUGGGUGUUGAGGAGAUUCCAAAUAGUACCACCACACAACACAGCAGCACGUUAUCUACUCAGCAGAACACCCUUUCGUCAUCAACAUCUUCUGGGCGCACUUCGACAUCCACUCUUUUGCACACAAGCGUGGAGAGUGAGGCGAAUCUUCAUUCUUCCUCUAGCACUUUCUCCACCACAUCCAGCACAGUCUCUGCACCUCCCCCAGUGGUCAGUGUCUCUUCCAGUCUCAAUAGUGGCAGGAGCUUGGGCCUCAGCCUAGGCAGCAACUCUACCGUCACAGCCUCCACUCGAAGCACAGUUGCUACGACUUCAGGAAAAGCUCCUCCCAACCUCCCUCCUGGGGUCCCGCCGUUGUUGCCUAAUCCAUAUAUUAUGGCUCCAGGGCUGUUACAUGCCUACCCACCACAAGUAUAUGGUUAUGAUGACUUGCAGAUGCUUCACACAAGAUUUCCAUUGGAUUACUACAGCAUCCCAUUUCCCACACCUACCACUCCACUGACUGGGAGGGAUGGUAGCCUGGCCAGCAACCCUUAUUCUGGUGACCUCACAAAGUUCGGCCGUGGGGAUGCCUCCUCCCCAGCCCCGGCCACAACCUUGGCCCAGCCCCAGCAGAACCAGACACAGACUCACCAUACCACGCAGCAGAUAUUCCUGAACCCGGCGCUGCCUCCUGGCUACAGUUACACCAGCCUGCCAUACUACACAGGGGUUCUGGGCCUCCCCAGCACCUUCCAGUAUGGGCCUGCUGUGUUCCCUAUGGCUCCUACCUCUUCCAAGCAGCAUGGUGUGAAUGUCAGCGUGAAUGCAUCAGCCACCCCUUUCCAACAGCCAAGUGGAUAUGGGUCUCAUGGAUACAACACUGGAAGAAAAUAUCCACCCCCUUACAAGCUCUGGACAGCAGAGAGCUAAUUUGGCCCAAGGCUGGGGGCUGUGUUUUGUGUGUGUGUGUAAAUUUGCACUGAAGUCUUGUUUCAGAAACCAGACCGCUGAGG